UGCACACACGCACACACAUGUGGAUCUCACAAUUUCUUCUUAUCGACACAAUUUGCUUCGCUUUCUCCUCAGAUCUUCAUCGGAAUCGCUUUACGUGAAUCGAUCACGGGAUCGUGCUCGUAUAUAUAUAUAUAUAUUCUUACACGGUAUAAAUAAGUACAUAGAUUAGUACAUAGGAUUUGGAGAUGGAGAAGUAUGACGUUGUCAAGGAUCUUGGAACUGGAAAUUUCGGUGUGGCUCGCCUUCUAAGGCACAAGGACACGAGAGAGCUCGUUGCCAUGAAAUACAUCGAGAGAGGCCGCAAGAUAGAUGAGAACGUGGCCAGAGAGAUUAUCAAUCACAGAUCACUUAAGCAUCCUAAUAUCAUCCGGUUCAAGGAGGUGAUUUUGACCCCUACUCAUCUUGCUAUUGUGAUGGAGUAUGCUUCUGGAGGAGAGCUCUUUGAUCGUAUCUGCACUGCCGGUAGAUUCAGUGAAGCUGAGGCUAGGUACUUCUUCCAACAGCUGAUUUGUGGUGUCGACUACUGCCACUCCUUGCAAAUAUGCCACAGAGAUCUGAAGCUUGAGAACACACUGCUUGAUGGGAGCCCUGCUCCGCUUUUGAAAAUUUGUGAUUUUGGUUACUCUAAGUCAUCCAUACUACACUCUAGGCCUAAAUCAACUGUUGGAACUCCAGCAUACAUAGCACCUGAAGUUCUUUCUCGUAGAGAAUAUGAUGGCAAGCACGCGGAUGUGUGGUCAUGCGGAGUAACCCUUUAUGUGAUGCUGGUUGGAGCUUACCCAUUUGAGGACCCUAAUGAUCCAAAGAAUUUCAGGAAAACAAUCCAACGUAUAAUGGCUAUACAAUACAAGAUCCCAGACUACGUUCACAUAUCUCAGGAAUGCAAACACCUUCUCUCGCGCAUAUUCGUCACUAACCCCGCUAAGAGAAUCACGCUUAAGGAGAUCAAGAAUCACCCGUGGUACCUGAAGAAUUUGCCGAAGGAGCUGAUAGAGUCGGCUCAAGCGGUGUAUUACAAGAGAGACAACACGAGCUAUUCUCUUCAAAGCAUAGAGGACAUAAUGAAGAUAGUUGGAGAAGCAAGGAAUCCAGCUCCAUCUUCUAGUGUCAGCAAAAGCUUGGGAUCAGGGACUGAGGAAGAAGAGGAAGAGGACGUUGAAGCUGAAGAGGAAGAGGAAGAGGAAGAAGAUGAAUACGAGAAGCAUGUCAAAGAGGCACAGUCUAGUCAAGAUGCUGACAAAGCUUAAAAGAAAGGAAUGCUCUCUGUUUUUUAUCUCAUCUCAUCCCAAAGCCAAAGGGAGUAAACUAGUUUCGUACAGGUUAUUUCACUUUUCGAUAUGAUGUCUGAAAACGUUUUCGUCUUGUCAAUUGUCAAGUGGUUGUCAAAAAUUGAACAUCGAUACUCAUUGAAAGUGAGAAACGCUGGCAGAUAUUCAGUGGGUGAAUCUGAGUGAGAUUGUGAAGCAGAAAGGGGUCCAAUAUUACGAUGAUAAUAAUAAGGUAAUAAUGAUGGUCGGUCUUUUGUUAG